CAAUUUGGUAAGAAAGGAAUGCCACAUCAGCAGAUGCCAGUGAGAAGAAGAAGAAGAGACAGAUGCACGCGCGUGAUGACAUGACACACCUUUAUAAAACCUCUCUGUUUUCCUCUGUUCCCUUCCUCAUUCAUUCCUUCAUCUUCCAAAGCGUGCCACUCGCUUCUCAUUAUACUCUUUUUCUCUUUACACAACUAAUCAUUUUCUCUCUUCACGUUUCCUUUCUUCCCCAUUUCCACACAACCUAAUUAUACCUUCUUUUUCCCCCUGUUUUUUACUUCAUCAUUUCAUUUCACACUUCCAUUUUAUUAAACAUGUAUAAGUCAGAGAAUACGCGAAGAGAAGGAAGAGUUCUCAAUUUUCACCUCGAACCUGAGAACCCUUCCUUCUCUUCCACUCUUCUCGACAAGAUUUAUCGUUCCAUCGACGAAGGAGACACAAAAGGUUGUUCUGAUAUGAAGUUCUACACAGAAACAACUAUCAACAAACACAGCAAAACCAAUGUCAAAAGUAACAGAGUUGUUGGAGAACAACCAAAUCUUCGCCUAAAUGUCGGAACACAAAGGACAAAACAAAUUGACAGAAAAUUGCUUCAUGAUGAAGAUGUUCUGUUUUUUAGCUCAACUUCAAGUUCUUCAGAUUCAAGUUCUGGUCUAUUAUCAUCAUCUUCAGAAACAGAAUCAAUGUACAGAGCAAAAUCACGAGGUUCGUGUUUUGCUCCUUCGAGGCCUAAGCCGGUGAAAACAACCGUUCCUCCGGAGAGAAUCAUCUCAAACGAUGAAGAUAUGAUGAUCAAAUCGAAAUCAAGAGCGUCGAAGAUUUACAACAAUCUCAAAAAAGUGAAACAACCAAUCUCACCAGGUGGAAAACUCACUAGUUUUCUCAACUCUCUCUUCAUAAACACAAAGAAAACAAAAACUGCUCCCUCUUCUUAUGAAGACACAAAUGCAGAGAGAAAAGCUAAAUCAGGACUAGCUUCAACUUGUUCUUCAGCAUCGUCCUUUUCGCGUUCUUGUUUGAGUAAAAAUUCAUCUACAUCAAGAGAGAAAUUGCACAAUGGUGUUAAAAGAACGGUACGAUUUUAUCCGGUAAGUGUGAUUGUUGAUGAAGAUAAUCAACCUUGUGGUCAUAAAUGUUUGUAUGGAGAAGUUAGUAAAAAGAAGAAGGAAGAACAAGAAAAGGUUUUGGAAAAGAGCAAAAGAGUGGAAAAGGUUGCUAGAGAAUUUUUAAGAGAGUAUCAUCUUAAUAAGAAGAUUUUGAGAGAUUUUUCUAUGAGAAAGAAUGAACAUGUUGAUGAUGAUGAUGAUGAAGAUGAUGAUGUUGCAAGUUGUUCAAGUUCAGAUCUUUUUGAGCUUGAUCAUUUAUCUGUGAUGGGAAAUGAUAAUAGGUAUUGUGAGGAUUUGCCUGUGUUUGAAACUACUCAUGUUAGUACUAAUCGUGCCAUUCGCAUAAUGUAAUUUUUUUUGGUUAAGUAGUCUGGUCGCUACGAAUAAUGUAAUUUUAAUUUUAUUUAUUUUGUACAAGUGUAGAAACAUAUGAUAAUUAACUAUACAGGUUAUAUAAUCAUUUUGUUGA